AUUAAAUUGCCAUGUUGAGUUACAGCCUCUGGUAAUUGUUACAUACCUAAUAGCGCAUGCCACUUUGCUGUGUGUUGUUGUAGUUGUAAAUCUCGAGGUCCAUAUUAUAGGAACCACUUUUAUUUUACGAGGCAUAUAGAUACACAAUGGAAAUGGACAAAACUGACUUCAGUAGGAGUGAAAUGUUGACAGUUGAUCGUACGGGAAUCAUUGGUGCUGGUACCCCGGAAGGAGGUGUUGGGAUUUGCGGAUGGAUUUUGACGGCUAUUGCAUGGCUCCUUGUCAUAUGUACUCUGCCAUUCUCCCUCUGUGUCUGUAUCAAGGUUGUGCAAGAGUAUGAGCGAGCCGUCAUAUUUAGACUUGGUCGUCUCUUACCUGGAGGUGCCAAAGGACCUGGUAUUUUCUUCAUUCUUCCAUGUAUUGAGGACUACACAAAGGUUGAUUUGAGAACCGUGUCAUUUGAUGUUCCACCACAGGAAAUUUUGACACGAGACAGCGUUACUGUAUCCGUUGAUGCUGUUGUCUACUACCGUGUGCAGAAUGCUACCAUCUCAAUUGCAAAUGUUGAAAAUGCCAACGCAUCCACCAGACUGCUGGCCCAGACGACCCUGAGGAACGUGUUGGGAACUAAAAAUUUGGCAGAAAUCCUCUCAGAUCGUGACAACAUCAGUGCCUUCAUGCAGCAAAGAUGUGCGCCUUCCAGUGCAAUUACAGCGUGCUAUGGCGGCAGAGGCAGAGGCAGCGAGGGAAGCAAGAGCUAAGGUGAUCGCUGCGGAAGGUGAACAGAAUGCCUCGCGUGCACUGAAAGAGGCUGCUGAUGUAAUUAGCGAAUCACCAGCCGCCCUUCAGCUCCGUUAUUUGCAGACUCUGAGCAACAUUUCUGCCGAGAAGAAUUCAACGAUAAUUUUCCCGUUGCCUAUUGAGCUUGUCAGCGGUCUCCUGAAAAAUUAGAUGAAAUGGAAAGUAACUGUACCCAUGAACCGGCACGGACAUUUCCUUGAAUUUUAAGGUGGUUUAUUAUUAGAGUCUUCACUCAAUACAUUUAUACUUCAAUCAACUUUACAACCUUUAUUGAGUUUGUUUGCUUAAAUCUAUAUAUAUAUAUAUGUUAUUGUUUCCUUCAUGAUAUUUUUGAAUGUCAUUGAUAGGUUUACUGAUGUAGGUUAUAGUAUAUAUAACUGAUAGUUAAAUUCCUCAAUAUGAUACCCAGUAUAUAUGUUAAACUAUGUUAUUAGUGUAAUUUAUUGAUUCUGGAAGCAAUGUCCAAAGAUAAUUUUGUGUAUACAAUCACUUUUUGAGGUUUAAUGAUAUUAAGGCUUUAAUUGUUAUAUUUUCUCCCAAGAUCCCCAAUUAAUUUAUGCACAAGGAGAUGAAUAAAAAGUAAAUACAGUAGAUAGUAUUUUAGAUAAAGAACAUUCUUAAAAAUUAUUGAGGAGCAAGGCAAUAUUGUUAUUGAUAUUUUUUUAUUAACCAUUUUUGAUGGGUAUUACCUUCUGGUUACAAAGCCAGAUCUCCCUAAUGAUAUUCCAAUAACCAAAAAAGUAACAGUGAAUAAUUUAACAAUUAAAAAAAUCCAGAAGUUUACAACUUUUUAAGGACCCAUAAAAAGUAUCAAAUCAUCUGCCCAGAAUUCCACAGUAAUUAAAUAUACUUUUAUCUUGCUUCCAUUGUCCUAUUUAAUCAUUUUGCAAAAAAAAAAAGAUAUUCUAUUUUAUUUAAUAAGUUACAAAAGUUUUUUCAAGCAUGUUAUACUGUAAUAUAAUAUAAUAAGUUGUUAUGGUAUAUAUUAUAAAUGCUGUAUCAUCUCCACCAAUACUUCUGCAUCUGGGUCUGUAUUUUUCCUCCCUCUCGAGUGACCUCUUAUACCAAAACCUUAAUUUGAGUACCUAGUCAAAAAUGGUAACGAUCAAAGAAUUCUUCAGUGAAAUUAUACUGUAUAUAGUAGAUUAAUUUUGAUGAUAUUUGUCUUCUAAAUUAUUGUUAUGUUUGGGUGAAUGUUAAUUGUCUCAAUGUGAAUGGAGGGUUAGAAUACUGAUUAGAUAUGUAUAUCGGCAUUUAUAUAGUACCUUCUUAUUUUGGAUACUGCCUAGGACUAUCUACCCUUUUUUGUAUAGUUAUAUAAUACAUUAGCUAAAUAUUGUUUUAAAUGUUUCAUACUAUCCAUGUAUUUAUUCUUACCCAUCGAAGAGGCAAAUAGAUUUUGUUUUAUAGAAUUUAUACACAAGUCAAUUGAAUGAUUUAAUAAUUUAUAAAUUAACUAAUUGAUUGUUUGAAUUGUUUUUGAGAAAUUGAAGUACAUGUGUGAAUUUAAAGUGUUCACAUUAACAAUAAAUGCAAAUUGCGAAAUGAAUUUUUUUUUUUAUAAUUUAGGAAAUGUCAGUGUAAAUUAGGAUUACAUUAUCACAUUGUUUUGGUAUAUUGAUUCUGUUAUUACAAUGUAAUCAUUUAACAUACUCUCAGCGACAUUUUGGGAUGCUUUUACCCAGAUAAAAAUAAAGCAAAUUAAAAAGCACAUGUCCAUAAAUGACUGAAUGAUAUGUUUACUGUUGGUUAUUGAGACAAGAUGGAUGAAAAUAUAGCAAAUAAAAUGUACAAUUUGCCUAGAUGCACCAAGACAGUCUGUCUAAUGUGUACAUCAAUCUACCAUAAUCAGGCAUAGGAUCAGGAGUUAAAAAAUUCCUCAGUCACAUGUUAUUUACCUGCUGUAAAUAUAUUUUUUCAUCAUCUGACAGAGAAUGGAUUUUAUAUGAUUUAAUUAAAGGCGAAAUACUGAAAACCAAUGCAGUUACAUUUAUAGUAUAGCAAUAUAGUAUCCCAACAGUACAUAUAU